AUGCUUAUUAUGUUAAUUGGAUCCUGUGCAAAUAUUGCAGACACCUCAGAAACACGGCCGCUGAAACAAAACUUUGCAUCAAAAGGUAUUAAUGAAAAAAUCUCUUCAACUGUGAGCAGCAGAUCAAAGAAUAAAGGACUAGUUUCACAAUCGGGAAAAUCUCCAGGACAUAAUAGGAACCGAUCUGAAUUACGUUGCACAUUAAAUGGUGCAUCCAUUGAUCCACAAAAAUCAAAAAGUACAUGGUAUAUUGAUGAAGGAAGUGAAGAUACAGCAAAAUCACUAGUAGACACACAUUCCAAGUUGAGUCAGUCACCACCCACAACGUCUUCUCUUCAAGCUUCCCUUUCAAAUGAAAACAAAUUCCAUUCGUUGCCCUUCAGCCUUACCAAGAAACCCAAUGUAAAUGGAAGCAUAGGUCAUACCCUUUCCUUGUCUGUCCAAUCAGUAAUGAUGGAUGUGAAUACCAGUGCAAGUCAAGAUGCUGAACCAGGAGGAUUAUCAACAAUCGAGCAGCCCAAUUUGGAAAUAGGAUCGUUGGUGCAAGUAAAGGAAAAUCCUCCUCUCUAUGGAGUAAUUCGGUGGAUUGGGCAACCUCUUGGGGUUAAUGAACAAAUAGCUGGACUUGAGCUUGAAGAAGAAAGCGUAGGCUGUACAGAUGGUACUUUCAAGGGAAUACGUUACUUUAUGUGUGCAUCGAAGAAGGCUUUAUUUGUAAAACUUAAAAGCUGCCGGCCUGAUUCGAGAUUUGUGUCGUUGCCUCAUCACUCCAAUCAAAUUGAAAGAUGCAAUUCCAUUGCAUUUGGAGGAUAUCGAAGUGAAGUGGUUAAAGAAAAUACACCUCCCAAGAUGGAAAAAGAAGGCCUAGCUAUAAUGGUUGGAAAGAAAAAGGGUAUUCAAGGGCAUUGCAAUUCCUGUUAUUUAGAUUCCACUUUGUUCUGUAUGUUUGCUUUUAGCUGUGUGUUGGACACAGUAUUGCUUAGGCCAAAAGAAAAAGAUGACGUUGAAUUUUAUACUGAAACCCAAGAUUUGUUACGAACAGAAAUAGUCAAUCCUUUGAGAAACCAUGGAUAUGUAUGUGCUACUAAAAUAAUGAAACUUCGAAGAAUUCUUGAAAAGGUUGAGGCAGCUUCAGGAUUUACUUCAGAAGAGAAAGAUCCGGAAGAAUUUCUCAACAUAUUGUUUCAUCAUAUAUUAAAAGUAGAACCUUUAUUGAAAAUCAGAUCAGCUGGGCAAAAAGUACAAGAUUGUUUCUUUUACCAAAUAUUCAUGGAUAAAAAUGAAAACGUUGGUGUCCCAACAAUUCAACAGUUGCUGGAAUGGUCCUUUAUUACUAGUGACCUUAAGUUUGCUGAGGCACCUUCAUGCCUAAUAAUUCAAAUGCCUCGAUUUGGAAAAGAUUUCAAGUUGUUCAAUAAGAUAUUUCCAUCUUUGGAAUUGGAUAUCACAGAUUUAUUAGAAGACACACCCAGAGAUUGUCGUAUCUGUGGAGGUCUUGCACUUUAUGAAUGCAAAGAAUGUUAUGAAGAUCUUGAUAUAACUGCUGGAAAAAUCAAGCAGUUCUGCAAAGCUUGUACUACCCAAGUACAUCUCCAUCCUAAGAGGCAAGGACACAAGCAGAGAAAAGUGACUCUACCAGAACAGAUGGCUGACUAUGCCUGGAGGCAGUGUUGUGUACCCAGACAGAAGAUGAAAUUGUUUGCUGUGCUCUGCAUAGAGACUAGUCACUAUGUGGCUUUUGUCAAAUAUGGCCCUGAUGACUCAGCCUGGUUGUUUUUUGACAGCAUGGCUGAUCGGGAUGGUGGGCAGAAUGGCUACAACAUCCCUCAGGUGACUCAGUGUCCUGAGAUAGGAGAAUAUUUAAAAAUGUCACCAGAGGAACUACAUGGAUUGGAUCCCAAAAGUAUCCAAGGCUUUGCACGAAGGCUGCUGUGUGAUGCAUACAUGUGUAUGUACCAGAGCCCGACAAUGAGUUUGUACAAAUAGACUAUGUAAACCUUCUGGUCCUUGAAGAGACAACCCUGAGUAAUUUAUUACAUUUCAAAGAAUGUCUGAUUACAAUAAAUAAAGUGAAAGUAUUGCUGUAACAUGUUUUGCACUGUAGGAUAUGUCUAGUAUUUCUUACGUGUUUGCUAAUUGACUGUCAGAUGUGCAAUUUUUAAAAAAGUCCGUUCCAGGAUGAAUUCAUGUGUAGAUGAUGAAUUUUUCUUCAUUUAACUUAGAAAAUGUAAAGGUACUAAUUUGUUCAUUAAUUCUAUACCUUUUAGUAGAUUUAUCAUUACAGACUGAUUUAUCAUCGUGUGCAUCUUUGGAGUAGAGUUAACCAAUUGCAGUGUACACACUCCUAACUUACAUGCUAACUAUUCGGCACAUACUGCUCAUGUUGUUCCUGUGUUCAAAAAAUUGUGAUUUUUAUUGUCUGAUCUGACCAGUCAGAUCCUUGCAUUAGGUAAUACAGAUAAAAUAGUGAUUAGCAAGCUAUUCUGGAUCUUCAAGUUGAUCAUUGCAAUGUGUACUGUAGGGGAAGCAAAUCUCCCCAUGUUUAUUCUUGUACAGUGAAAUCUCCUGUAUCUGAAGGAGACAUGGAUCAAAGGGAAAUUACUUCUGCAAAAUAGUAAGGAAAAAUACAAUUGCAUAUAACGUGCACAGCCUUCUCCUGCAACCAGUUAUGCUAAUGCAGUUUGCUUUCGACUCCUGUUUUUCAUGGGGUGUCAUUUGGCAUAGCAUGGACUUGAAGUAAAAAAAAAAAUCAUUAUACACGGGUUCAUCCUGAUUGUGCAAUGGUCUAUUAGGUUUGAAAAUCUAUUUGUAUACAUUCUCAGCUACAUUGUAAAGUACAGUGUUAUGUGCAUGGGAUCACUACCAUUUUAAAAGGUCUUCAAUUUGAUUGUGGAUAAGCAUGUAUCAGUGUAUUUUUAUCAGAAUUUUGUGCAUUGAUGGAGUACUUAAAAAGUAAUAACUGGAAUCAGUAAAGUACCCAAGUACUAAUUAUCUGGCACUAAUAUGGAGCACUCAAUGGAAGUUGUUUACCUGAAACAUUAACUAUGCUUUUCUCUCCAAAGAGGUUAGCAAAUGUGUAGGUCGUUUCCAGCAUUUUCUCCCUUUACUUCAGGCAAAUAUCUCUACCUUUACUGUGUUUUUUUUAAAGUUAUGUGUUAGCCUCCAUGACCUUCAUAACUGGAGUUACAGUAAUUCUUGGCGUAGUUACAAAGUAAGUUACUAUGUAGUUAGUGCAUUAGAAGAGAUAAUGAUGGAUACUAUAUGUUUCUGCUUCAAGGAGGAUAGACAGUAAUUGUUGUUUCUUUUAGUUUAGUGUUUGCCCAACAAGACGGUUGCACUCUCUUAAUUCGAUCGAUUCAGCAUUGUAUUUUGUGAGUUGAGCUAUUUGAAGCACAGCCUCACAAAGACAUGUCUCAAAUAUGAACAAGGGAGAACAUGACCAGGCUUAGAUCAGGGUCAGAACCAGAUUUUCCCUGUGAGCUUUGUUCAUUCACUCACACAAGAACUUCAUCUAAAAUGUGCAAAGGCAAAGUUGAGAUGUUACAGCAGCACAUGCAUCUCCAAUUGAUCUUUCUACCCAACCUUUCCAACAUCACCUGCCGCACACGUAGUACAGUCUGCCAACCACACUGAAAUAUCAGUCAUCACAGAACUCAUUUAUUCACAAUCAAACCCUGUCUUUCACUCUCAGUCCCUUAAGGAUUGAAGAUUAAUAACUUGCAUUCCAGUUCAGUGGGUUCUGUGAUGACUGAUAUUUCAGCAUGGUUGGCAGACUCUGCUACGUGUGCAGCAGGUGAUGUUGGAAAGGCUGGGUAGAAAGAUCUAUUGGAGAUAUGUGUGCUGCCUCUAACAUCUCAACUUUGCCUUUGCACAUUUUAGAUGAAGUUCCUGUGUUUGGUGCCUUUGUAAAUAAGCCCUGUCUGUUUUACUUGAUCACAAUCCAGGGUCUUCCACAAGUCAUACAUAGAAAUAUGGAAGAUAGGAGCAGGAGGGGGCCCUUCGAGCCUCCUCUGCCAUUCUUCACUAUCAUGGCUGAUCGUCCAACUCAAUAGCCUAACCCACUUUCUCCCCAUAACCUUAGAUCCCAUUCGCCCCAAAUGCUAUAUCUAGUCGCCUCCUUGAAUACAUUUGGUCGCACCAUUCAGCCAAAUCAGAACAAAUUAGGAGUUUAGCAAUGAUUAGUAUAGCAGGUGCAGAUGUACUGUGAAUCAGCUUAGCUUCCUAACAUUGACUCGUUUAUUCCCUCUGUGGGGCUUUGGAGCUCCUUUGUGUAUUGCUCUUUUGCUUUUUCUUAAGUUUUGAACAAAUCGGUUUCUUUCCAUUUUAUUUUCUCUACACAAGUUUUCAAACCAGUAUGUUGUGAAAAUUGAGUGUGUGGCAGUCAGCACAUUGUCCUUUCACACUAAAAUCUCCUACCUGUUUCUAAUCAGUCUUCUCAAACCCGCAACCACCAAACUGGUAACAAAUUGGCAACUCGCGCAUGAGGCACAUGUUAAAUGAGAGGUUGUUGGUUAGGAGAAAUGGAACUCUACCAGUCCAGAAGAGAGUGGCUUCUUGCACGUUUUGAGACAGAAUAAAAGCUUUUCCAGUAGGAGGUGCCUCCUGUUGAAACUAGGGAAUGAACAGGUAAAAUAUUUCACUCCUCCACAUUAGUUUGUUUUACAAUUUUAAAGAAAACAACAAUGCAAACAAAAAUAAAGAGAGUGAUCUAUUUUGUUUCCUUGAUAGAAGCACCACACUUCCUGGGGCACAGUUUGGUCGAUCUCAUCAUGAAGUAAUCUUUUUGCAGUAACUCAGAAGUGACAGUCUAAUUGGAACCAGGUCGCAGUCGUAACACAGUUCUAUGAGAAAUCUUGGAGAGGCUUUCUCGCAUCACUUGGCCUUGACACUGGUGUGUAAUUCCAGCGUUGUGCCAAUCUGCAUUUUUUUAAAAAAGUGAUCUCAUAGGCACUUUAUAAAUUGAUGUUUUUUUUUUUGAGACUACUUGCAGGUUGCUGUGCAUGAACAAUUCCAGUCAGUCAGUAUAAAUCAGGUGUUGCUGGAUGUGAAUUGAUUUUGCGGUUUCAGUCUUGGACUGGUAGCAUGGUAUAGUUGGCCUUGGAGUGCAGUCAGACCUUGCAUUUCUUUUUAAAUAGCAAGGUUCAGAAUCAUGACUCAGGAAUGCUGUACUGUUGGAAAGUGAAGCUGCUAACCGAGGUGAAACUGAAUUUUGUUUAAUGUUUAAAUAUUUGGCUGUAUUUUACAUACAGCUUAAAUAAAUAAUUUGCAUUUAUAUUGUACCAUUGUCCUCUUCAUGCUAAACCUGAUGAUUUGUUUAUUACAUUGGUAUGUUUUUGUGAAUUUGCAUGGUGGAUGCACACAGCAUAUAUGCUAUAAUAGCUAUGCAAUUACAUAACAUGCAUACUGUCAUUUUUCAGUCUCAUUGCAUCAGUUCAUUUAAUCUUGAGUUCUUUAGUAGUGUAAAGCUAUUACAUUCUCAAUUGUUGCACUCCUCAAACAAUGUGACUUUUAGAAAAAUAAACUGGCUAUAUCAAUCGUG